AUGAGCUCAAGUGGAGAGGAAGAAGAGGCUGGACCUAAUGUAGAUUCUAAUGAUCCAGACGAACGUAUCGCCGCUCGGAGAAUUCGAAUUACAAGACGAGUUGAGGCAGCAAAACGUGCUGAACUUGGUGAGGAUCCUAAUGAAAAGAAAGAGGUGAAGGAGGAGCUUAGUAAGAGCAGAAAACAGAUUGAACAGAGUCGACUGUUGCUUUCGAAACUGAACCAAGAUGCAUUCGAGCUUGUCACAAACAUUCGUGUAGCUGGCGAUGCUAGAGAGGCGGCAAGAAGAACAGAAGAGGAGGAAGCCAAGAGACUUAGGAAGGAGAGACUGGAACAAGAAGCCAAAACAGGAGCUGAAAAGUUCGAAGAGAUCACAAAGAAAUGGGAAUCAGCACUUCAAAAGGAAAUUCCCCAAGCUUUACAUCAGAUGCUCCGUCAGCAGAAACAGAAUUGUGACACCAUUGUUGGUGACAAAAACAAGCUGAUCAAUGACUUUCAACAGGAGCUGAAGAUCAAGGAUGAUCAAUAUGUGAAGGACCUGAAGAAACAAGCUGAGGAUGUGGACCUGAUGAUAGAGAGAAUGGAGGAACAGAUGAAGAAAGUUACAAAAGCAGCACGAAAGCAGCUCAAUGAGACAGAGAUGGCUUUCAAUGCAGAAAGAAAUGAACUGUUGGACACACAUAAGAAGAAAUGGGAAGAAAGGAUGGAACAUCGCCGCCAGAAGGAAAUAGAUUACAUGAAGGCACGUGAGAAACGUGUCGAGGAUUACGAACAGCAAAUCCACACGAUACGUGUUCAGGAUGCUGAGGAAUAUAAUAUGAUAAAAAUUCGCCUGGAAACAGAUGUGCAGAUCCUUGAGCAACAGUUACAGCAGAUGAAAGCCACAUACCAACUAAACCAGGAAAAACUGGAAUACAACUUCCAAGUUCUGAAGAAAAGAGACGAUGAAAACACAAUCACUAGAUCACAGCAAAAACGAAAGAUUACAAGGCUGCAGGAUGUCUUGAAUAGCCUGCGUAUCAAACUGGCCAAACAGGAAAAACAGUUCAAAGAUGAGAACCAGCAACUGACUGAGGAUUAUAAAAGAAUUACAGAACAGUUUAGAGACCUGCAGAGAAAGUCGAGACAUUUCAUGGCGGCCGAUCACAAAAAGUUUCAUGAUGUGUGGUGUAUGAACGAGGAAGAAUGUAAAGAACUUGUAAAUGCGAUUCUAGAAGCUGACCGCAUCAUCCAUGAACAUCAGCUUGGCCUUAUGUAUCAGACACCAGAUAUUAAUUUCUUAGAAAAUGCUGGUCCCAUCGUUAGUGAAGCAACCAAGAGGAAAGGGGUCUCAGCUCAACAAAUUAUACAGGAAGUGAUGUCACAAACAGGGAGUCACCACACGGCUGGAGAGGAGGAAGAGGAUGAAGAUGGUGAACUGGAUGAAAAUGCAGAUGGGAGUCUCCCUCCAGACCACCAACCAGUCAAGAGCACGCUUCUGUCCAAAAUCAACGCCACCACCAUCAAACUGAUCCUGGAACUUCUCUGUGAUGAGUCGGGAUUUUUGGUGGAGUCCAAAUUAAACAAGCUGCUGGCUCCUCUGGAAAAAGAUGAGCGCUCAUUAAUGAAAUUGGAUGCAAUCUUUAGUGCCCUAGGAAUAGACACGGAGGAAGAUGUCCAUCUGUUGGCUAGUUAUUUCAUGCAUAUCAAAGGUCGAAAACAGCCACAGGAUGAGGAGAAGGAGACAGUCGUGGAUGAGCCCUCUCAGACAGAAGUCAGUGGAGAGCUGGACGAUAUUGAUGAAGAGAUUCGAAAGCUUACAGGAAAAGAGGGCGACCUGGAAUCAACUAAGAGUGAGACAGUGGAACUGAUCCAUCCCAAUGAAGUUUUGAAGGCUCUUCGGGCAUUUGUUGAGGAAAACCGACAACCCACCAAGGAGAAAGGGAAGCAGUCCCAGUUUAAGAUUGUCUCCCUUGAAGAGCGUGACAGUUCAGACGAUUCUGAUUACUGGGCGAAGUAUCCAUCUCUCAUCUCUACAAACAAGGAAAGACUCUGGGAUGCUUUACUAGAGGGACUAGAAAAAUACAGUGAGACCCUAACGAGUCGGUCAACACUUAUCAAUGAGACAGACGCACUGCGCCAACAGAACGCAGAACUGAGAAUGUUGCUUCACCAAUAUGUCAACUCUAAGGUGAAUGCAGAACUUGAAAUUCCUCCAACACGAGUUCUCCAGUUAGAAAUGAAUCCAAAUGUUCAAAAAUAAAUAUGGUAACCAUGACGACCAGGAAUCAUCAAGUGUAAAAGGAUGUGAUGUACUCGUUUACUGAGUCUGCUGGCUUCUACAUUGGAUCAAGAUGCUAUCUUUACAUAAAAUUUAUCUAGAGACAACAAAAAAUCUGGGAGGCAUAUCGGAGAUAUUGUGAAGUCUUUCGAAAUAGUAUAAUGUGGUCAGAACUGACACAAUAUGAUUUUAUACUGUGAGAAUGAAAAACAUUGAUUUUUAUCAAGACAA